CAGUCAUUUUGUUCGUUCUACUUUAAUAUCGCAUUUUGAAUCAAUUUUGCUUCAAAAGAUUUCUACGAUUCACAGGGAGCAGUCAUCACUGUUUUAUUCCUUGUUGUUCCUAUCCUAGAAAAGUUUUAAUUGUAUUUCUAAUAUUCUAGCGAAUUUAGGCUUAACCAUGAGAAGCUUGGUAAUACUGCUGUGUGUGGUGGCCGCGGUCAGCGCAGUUUCCUUCUUCGAUCUGGUGAAGGAGGAGUGGAAUGCAUUUAAGAUGGAGCACCAGAAACAAUACGACAGCGAGGUAGAGGAUAAAUUCAGAAUGAAGAUAUACGCAGAGAACAAGCACAACAUAGCCAAACACAACCAGAAGUUCGCACGCGGUGAGGUCUCGUUCAGACUGAAGCAGAACAAGUAUGGAGACAUGUUGCAUCAUGAGUUCGUACACACUAUGAAUGGAUUCAAUAAGACAACUAAGAACAGCAAGGGCCUGUUCGGCAAGAGCGCGGGAGAGCGCGGCGCUACCUUCAUCCCUCCAGCCAAUGUGCACUUGCCCGACCACGUGGACUGGCGCAAACAUGGCGCAGUCACAGAGGUCAAGGACCAGGGUAAAUGCGGCUCAUGCUGGUCCUUCAGCUCGACCGGAGCACUGGAAGGACAGCAUUACCGCAGGACCAACAUCCUGGUGUCUCUCUCGGAGCAGAACUUGAUCGACUGUUCCGCAGCGUACGGCAACAAUGGCUGCAAUGGUGGUCUCAUGGACAACGCUUUUAAAUACAUCAAAGACAACAGAGGCAUUGACACUGAGAAGAGUUACCCAUAUGAAGGCAUUGAUGAUAAAUGCAGAUACAACCCAAAGAAUACCGGAGCUGAUGAUAACGGCUUCGUCGAUAUCCCGUCAGGUGAUGAAGGCAAGCUGAUGGCCGCGGUGGCCACGGUGGGCCCUGUCUCCGUCGCCAUUGACGCCUCGCAGUCCUCCUUCCAGUUCUACUCCGACGGUGUAUACUUUGACGAGAACUGCUCCUCGUCUUCUCUAGAUCACGGCGUGCUGGUGGUUGGCUACGGCACUGACGAGAAUGGCGGUGACUACUGGCUGGUGAAGAACUCUUGGGGCCGUUCAUGGGGCGACCUCGGAUAUAUCAAGAUGGCGCGCAACCGAGACAACCACUGCGGCAUCGCCACCGCAGCUUCAUACCCACUUGUAUAAAUACCCUUCCCCAUCACCUUAUCUAUCUCCCUACUAUCCCCACUAUGGUACCAAACCCAAGACCUCAUAAAUAUCAAUAAUUCAGGAAACUGACAAAAACUGUCAUGUGUUUCUACUGACGAUAUCGCUAAUCUUAUGACUUUCAACUUUGUUACCGCGAAAAACAUGACACAUAUUGCGUUUUGGUUAAUAUUUCUAUGUGUGACGACACAAUUUUCAAAGGUUGGUAAUUGACACCAUCAUACGUCAAAA